AGGACGAGGAGGAGGAGGGUUUCUUCUCACCUGCACUUGAACGCAACACAAGUUUCCUAGCUGGCUUGUAAUAAACAAAAGUCCUAACUUAUGCGCACCGGGUCAUGGUUUGCUUUUCCGGGGCUGGCUGGUCUCUGGUCCUGGUCCUGGUCCUGGUCCUGGUUCUGCAGCAUCCAUUCAGGACCCAUGCGGGCUCUCGGCGGGAGCUGCUGGGAUUCGGAUCAGUAAAGCGUUCAAAAUGGAAUAUGCCGUCUCCUAGAGACCCGGCCAUGAAGGCACGAUGUCGGACCUGAGACGCACUGGACAUGCGUGAAAUAGUUUGAAGAGAACAUUUUGGUCAUUAUUAGUAGCAGAAGAAUCGAAUCAUUAUGGAGCACACCGGCAUCGAGGAGGUGAACCAGACGCACCACGAACCCAUCAGCUUCGGGAUCGACCAGAUCCUCAACAGCUCGGACCAGUCCAGCGGCUGCUUGCUCCCCAACAGGACCGGGGAGGCGGACUACUCCCUGGCCGCCUCCAACGUCUACGGCAACGGCUACAACGGCGUCUACAACCCGGCCUGCUCCAUGGGCCUGCCGGGCUCCUACAACGUCAACAUGAACAUGAACGUCAGCAUGAACAUGAACGUCAACGUCAACUCGGCGGGGGCCGGCGGGGUCAUCCGGGUGCCGGCGCACAGGCCCAUGCCGCCCCCGCCGGCGCCCGCCUCGGCCGCCGCAGCCGCCGCGCAGACAUCCGCGCACCCGUUGCCCGGCAUGGGGCCCAUGGGCAACGGCAAUUUCACCUUCCCCUGGAUGGAGAGCAGCAGGAGGUUCGCCAAGGACAGACUAACAGGGGAGCAGGCAGAGGAGAGCCGAGCACGAGAGGCCGCAGGGGGGGCGGGGGUGGCCGGGCCCCUCUGCACUCUCCCCAAGGGGGACAUCGGGAGGGUCCCCGUCUGGAGCACGGUGGACACCUUAACUAAAUGCUAUUACCCUGAGCUCGCUCACCUGCGAGACGCCAAUGGCCUUCUUGCAGACUAUUCUUUCCCAAAGGGGGCUUGCCCAGCCGCCCUGUCCCCCUUCUCCGUGACCCGCCGCAUCGGCCACCCCUACCAGAACCGGACGCCGCCCAAGAGGAAAAAGCCGCGCACGUCCUUCAGUCGGGUGCAGAUCUGCGAGCUGGAGAAGCGUUUCCACCGCCAGAAGUACCUGGCGUCCGCCGAGCGCGCCACCUUGGCCAAGGCCCUCAAGAUGACGGACGCGCAGGUCAAGACCUGGUUCCAGAACCGGCGCACAAAAUGGCGGCGACAGACGGCAGAAGAGCGGGAGGCGGAGAGGCAGCAGGCCAACCGGCUGAUGCUGCAGCUCCAGCAGGAAGCCUUCCAGAAGACCCUCAGUCAGCCCCUCCAGCCGGACCCUCUGUGCCUGCACAACUCCUCGCUCUACGCCCUGCAGAACCUGCAGCCCUGGGCCGAUGACAAUAAGCUGACGGUCUAAAGAAGGGAGGAUUAUCUAAUGGACACGCGUGUACAUGCCCACCGGUCAAGACUCGCCCCCCGCCCCUCUUUCCCUUUUUACGUCUGGAACCUUCGAGAGGACGCAGAGACUUUCUGCACAAAAACUGGUUCCGCUUUUGACUUUGUACAAGGUAUAACUGCAUGAAGUGCCACCUGGACCACGACGUCAUCGCCCGUGCCCCACGACGGUCCACUUAAAGGCUCUUUUAUAUUAAAUCAUAUUGUGACUUUUUCAAA